AUGGGGCUCCGCCUGAAUCUGAGGGGCCAAUCAGACCAAACGCAGUCAACGACCACCUCCAAGCUUUGUGUACAGCAUGGAACACCACUGUGUGCCACUAUUCGUCUCCUGUAUUUAUCUUCGCCAUAUCCAGUUUCUCUCCUAUGGUGGGGCAGUGCACAGGCGGCUGGUGGUUCACAACAGCAGUCUAGCUGUGAAAUGAUGGGGGUUUGGCCGGAUCUGGUGGCGAUCUGCAGUAGCGACAAUCUAGCCGUUAAUGAUGGUGGUUUGGGCGGAGCUAAUAGCGCCGCGAUGGUAAGAAGGGGUUGGGGAUGGGGGUGGUGCAAUGAAGUAGCUGGGAAUAAGGAUUCCAAGCUGGAAUUUUCUGAAGAUGAAGAAAUGCUCAUGGCAAGAAUGUUCAGUCUGCUUGGACCAAGAUGGACUUUAAUUGCUGGAAGAAUACCAGCAGAAGAGAUUGAGAAGUACUGGAAUUCAAAGAAGACUUUGGCUACAGAGAAUAAACAUUUGGAUCUCAAGUCUCAACAGUCUACCAAUGAUAUAUAA